CGGUGUGUAUAUACAAUGGCGGAGGGGGAGGCCGAGGGGACAGCUCCCCUCUGCCGGAGCGUCUCCUUCAAGCGGCUGGAGCGGUGGCUGGAGGCAGCGGCGGAGGGGGAAGGAGCCCGGCAGCCGCCCUGCCAGUGCCAGCCCCCCGGCGCCAGGGCGCAGCAGCAGCAGGACUCGCCGCAGCGCCGCCGGCGAUCGCCCUCCAGAGCCGCCUCCAGCGGCCUCUCCAGGAAAGUUUCCAAGCUCUCGGCCGCCGCCUGCCCCUCCCCGGAGCUCCGGGGCAGAGCCCUGCGGAGCCUGUCCCCCUCCGUCCGCCAGCUCUCCCAGCGCUUCGACGCCGCCGCCGGGGCGGCUCCCCCGCCAGCCCCCCGCAGCUCCCAGAGCGAGGAGGAGCCGGACGAGGACGGGGCCACCUGCUGCCCGCCCCAGCCCGGGAAGAGGGAGGCUCGGCCGCCGCCCGAUGAGGAGGGCGGGGGGCAGCAGCGCGGCCAGGGGCUGAGCGAGCCCCCCAAGGCGGGGGAGGCCGGACUGGAGCCGGGGGGGCUCUGGCCCAGCGUCACCGAGAUGCGCAAACUCUUCGGGGAGAGCUUUCGGCGGCAGCCCCCCGGCCGGGCCCCGGAGGAGGAAGGUGGGGCCCGCUCCCUGCACGGAGCCGGCAGCUCGGCCGCCGCGGGGACUCCCCCGGCGGGGCUCGGGGCGCCCCGGCCGGGCACGGACAGCCCCCCGCUCCCCAGCAGCGCCCCCGCUCCGGCCAGGAGGGAGGAGGAGCGGCUCCGCGCCGGCCCCAAGCAGCCCCCUCCUCCCCCGCCGCCCCGCAGCUGCAUUCCCUACCCCGGCCUGCUGCGAGCGCACCCGCUGCCCUGCGCUCCGUCCGGCGGGGAGGCCAGGCGGCAGCACCAGCACCAGCCGCCUUGGGAUAGUUUACAUUCCUGGCAUAGUUCUUCCAAACCACAGGCUGCCCCCCCGCCCUCCACCACCUCCUCUGCUGGCUGCAACCUCCUCCAAGAAGAGAGCUCCAGCCGCCAGGAAUCGCUGCCCGCUCACAGCUUCCCCUUCCCUGGCAGCGCCAACAGCAAGCAUGGCCCCUGCGGGGGCAGGCCCAGGUCCCUGGAGAGGUCCUCGGGGAGUGAGGAGGAGGGGAACCAGGUAGUGACCCCCAGGAAACGCUCUGUCCGGAAGAAAAAGAAAGACCUGGGCCUUUGGGACCAUGAGUCCGACAGUGACGGGCUAGCGGGAAUGGAGGCCGUGCCAGGGCGGCCCCCCCGGACUCAUGAGGUCCUGGCGCACCUGCCUCUUCCUGCGAACGAUGGAGCCAAGCCGCCCUCGGUGGCAAAGAGGCUGGUAGCAGCAGAUUGCAACAGUGGGAACACCUUUGCUGCCCUGCUGGGUGAAGCCAAGGCAGUGGGCAGCGCCGAAGGGCACCGGCAGUACAUGAGGGGCAUGUCAGAAGGCGUAUCCGCUGCUCACUUCCCGCUGGCCACAGCGCCACCUGUACCCCUGGUCUCCCGCGUCUCCAAAGUGAACAUCCCGCCUUUCGGGCCAAGCCCUUGCGGGUCGAGAAGCAGCAGCAGGUACUCGAGCACCGAGACGCUGAAGGAAGAGGACCACUUUGGGCCCUGCUGGCCCAGCCAAAGCCGGAGCUUCCAGGGGGGCCUCGGCAUGUACAGAUCUCCCAGCUUCAGCCAAAGCGACAGCCUCACCAGGCUUCAGCAGCAGGUCCGGGUGCGUCCUAAGCUGCCCAUGGGCAUCGGCAAAGUGAAACAGGACCCUUCCGGUGAGAUUCUGCUCCACAGUGGACCUGAGGCCGAGCGAGCCAAGCACAGGAAGUCCAUGUCCAAUCCUGACAUAGCCACUGAGACGCUGAGUCUCCUCAGCUUCCUGAAAUCGGAUCUCUCCGAUCUGAAGGUGAGGAAGAAAGGUGGCGGGGUCAGUGAUCAAGAGGAAGGGGCCUUCAGCAGUGGCAGGAGUGAGAACUACCAGAGCCCAGCUGGGCACCAGCUGGGAGGCAGAGGCCGAAGUGUGGCACAAACCCCAAACCGGUGGGCACUAGGCGUCCGCCCAACUCUCAAAGACCUCACCGCAACCUUACGCCGGGCCAAGUCAUUCACUUAUUCUGACAAACCGGCGCCACGCAGACUCUUCCUCCAGAGCUCCAUGAAGCAAAGCUCCUCGGAGCUUCUCCUGGCCAGCAACAGCGACCAUGACAGCGUGGUUUCGGACGGUGAUGCUGGCCAGAGAGAGGACGUUGACGGGCUCCCGGUCGUUAUCCAGGAUCAGUAUAUUCAGGAAGCACGGCAAGUCUUUGAGAAGAUAAGUCGGAUCGGCUCCCAGCACGACUACGGCUUUGUGUCAGAUCAGAAGGACCGCGCAGGUGUGAAAAGUGGCAGGGAGUUUACAGAGAACCAGAAGGAAGCCGAUGCGGCCCUUCUGAGUAGCAAAGAGCACAAGCAGUGUCUGAAGAAAGAAGAGUCUGAAGAAAACCUCUCCUGUGGGAAGUCCAUGGAGGAGCUCUCGGGUCAUGAGUCUAGCAUGACCGAUGAAGGCAUCGUGACGGAGCCUGAGAUGGGUCCCACCAACGCUGCUUAUGGGGAUCUCCGUCAGGCUGUCGCAGCGUGGACACCAGCCAACGCCGGCCUAGGGGAGGGUGACACUGAUCGAAUGAACAGUAAAGAUAUUCCUCUCCCUGGGCUCGCAGCUAGAAUGAACCAUGAGGGUGCUGCUGUUGAUGACGCCCUUCCUGGUAAAGCCAUGGCCCAAGGGUCCCUAGAGGCACCUUCCACCCCAAGCACUCUGCGGCGCCGAAGAAAGUUUCCCUCUGUUGGCAACAACUGGUCCGAUUCCAGCAACGGGGAAUCCAGUGGCGAAGCCUACAGAUCCCUAAGCGACCCCAUGCCCCACAGGAGGUGCUCGAUCACAGAAGAGACCGAGAACUUCUCAGUGGACAGUAAUCUCCUAGCGUCUCUGAAUUCCAAGGCCGGUGUCCCAGAGUCUUUGGCCAUGGCUCUGUCUGAGUGCACCGGCAGCGCUGCCAGCGACCUGUCCGUCUGUAGCGAUGGAGUCAAGGAUUACAACACGGUGAUCCAGAACAUUGUUAGCCAGCCCGGCGCCAUGGACAAGGUGAUCGACGAGCGGGGAAAUGGUAAGACAGUCAAGAAGAAAUCGUUCAGCGACCCCAGCCGUCGCAGCGAGUUGGCCAGCACAGGCUUUGAGGGCCCCAGCGAGCCAAUCAGUGAGAUGGACCAGACCAUCCCGCCUUCCAGCAGCGAACCCAUCCUCUCCGAGCAAAGGGACGAGGUGGGGGAGCUGGAGGAGCUAGGCCAGGAGGUUGAGAAGCUGCGCUCUCAGUCGGAGCACAUCCUACCUGCAAAGGCAGGAGGCAACAAUGCAGGAGAGGCCGCUCAAAGCUAUAGCUUUGACCCCAAGCUGGCAGAAGUCCUGUCCCCCAGGAUCAUCAGGCGCAGUUCUAAGAAGCGCACCAACCGGGUGACUCACCAGGAGAAUCAUGAGACUGCAUCCUCUGCCACAACUCCUGCUACUACCCUGAGUAGGUCCAGGCCUGCAUCCAAACAUGUCCGGCACACUAGCGAGCCUGCCGCUUUCCUCCCCAUCUCAGCACCUGAGCCUCAUGGGUCGCUCAGUCAAAACGUCCAUGUAACUGUGCCAGAAUCUUCACCUCUCCCCAUCAAAUCCUACCCUGUACUCCAAGCUCCAUCCUUGGAGGAUGUCACCAAGCAAUACAUGUUGACUCUUAACUCAGGGGACUUGUCUUCUGGUGGCACUGUGGAUAUGCCCAGGUCUUCGCCUGCUACACCGACUACUUCAGAGCCCAAGCUGCUGAGAUGUCCAAAGCAACAGGAGGAACACAGCCCGAGCAGCACCAAGAGCAAGCCUCAAGUGGACAUGCGGAAACAUGUCACCAUGACGCUCCUGGAUACAGAGCAGUCCUACGUGGAGUCCCUCCGCACCCUGAUGCAGGGUUACAUGAAGCCCCUGAAGCAACCAGAAAACUCGAUCCUCUGCGACCCGGCCUUGGUGGACGAGAUAUUCGACCAGAUCCCCGAGUUGCUGGAGCACCACGAGCAAUUCCUGGAGCAGGUCCACAACUGUGUGCAGAACUGGCAUGAGAAGCAGAAAGUGGGAGACGUCCUGGUACAAUCUUUUUCCAAGGACAUCCUGGUGAGCAUUUAUUCCGCAUACAUCGAUAACUUCCUCAACGCCAAGGAUGCCGUGAGAGUAGCCAAGGAAGCCAGGCCGGCCUUUAUGAAGUUCCUGGAGCAAAGCAUGCGGGAGAACAAAGAGAAGCAGGCGCUGUCGGACCUGAUGAUCAAGCCUGUGCAGAGGAUCCCACGCUAUGAGCUGCUUGUCAAGGACCUUCUGAAGCACACACCCAUGGACCACCCCGACCACCCCUUCCUAUUGGACGCCCAGAGGAACAUCAAGCAAGUGGCCGAGAAGAUAAACAAAGGGAUGAAGAGCGCCGAGGAGGUGGAGAGGAAUGCCAGGAUAGUGCAGGAGAUCGAGUCCCACAUCGAAGGGAUGGAGGAUCUCCAAGCCCCACUCCGGAGGUUCCUGCGCCAGGAGAUGGUGGUGGAAAUGAAGGCAGUGGGUGGGAAGAAGGACCGCUCGCUCUUCCUCUUCACGGACCUGUUGGUUUGCACCACCCUGAAGCGCAAGUCGGGGUCUCUGCGCCGCAGCUCCAUGAGCCUUUACACGGCCGCCAGUGUUAUAGACAUAGCCAGCAAGUACAAACUGCUCUGGAAACUGCCCCUGGAGGAUGUCGACAUUGUGAAAGGGGCUUCCCAGUCCACCAACCGUGAGAGCGUCCAGAAGACGAUCUGCCGCCUGGACGAGGACCUGAGCACGCUGGGCCAAGUCAGCAAGCUCUCCGAGACCCUCAGCUUCCCCCACCAGAGCCUGGAUGACGUCAUCAAAGACCUGAUGGCCGCCAUACACCGGGAGCUGGCGGAGAAGCAGUCCCUCUCCUUCACCAUGUCCUUCCCGCCCAACAAAGUGGAGCUCACCACCACCAAAGCCGACGGCACCGAGUCCUUCAUCUUCGAGUUCCCCAACCCUGACGCGCGGCACAGCUUUGAGCAGGCCUUUGAGGACACCAAGAAGAAACUGGCUUCUCACAAAAACUGCCUGGACCCGGAAUUCCUGAAGGCGAUCCCGAUUAUGAAGACACGCAGUGGGAUGCAAUUCUCUUGUGCUUCUCCCAGUCACAGCAGCCCCGAGAACACCUACGAGGUGUGGGUGUGUAACAGCGACGGCUACGUGGGGCAGGUCUGCCUUCUCAGCAUCAAGAAGGAGCCCACGGUGGAGGCCUGCAUAGCUGUGUGCUCGGCCCGGAUCCUCUGCGUCGCCGCCGUGCCGGGCCUCAAGAGGAGCUUCAGCACCGUGCUUCACAAACAUGCCACUUCGGAGCUUUUGUGGCAAUUUGAAACAUUUUGUACCGAGAAGCUGAGCGACGCAGAAAAGAGAGAUUUGGCAAGACACCGGUCCUCCAACAUGGUCCUCUCCAAGUCUAAGAUGCUGGUGAUCAGCGGGGGGGAUGGCUAUGAGGAUUUCAGACUCACCAACAGCAGUGAGACAGUGGGGCGAGAUGACAGCACAAACCAUCUCCUCCUGUGGAGGGUCUGAUCCGCGGCAGCACGGGGCCCCACUGUGGGGAGAGCACCAGCCCCACCCCUGCCUCCUCUUGUUACCAACCGCCCCCGAGCCCGUCUCGUCUCCCAUCCCGGAUGAUUUGUGUGUGCCUGGGGACAAGCUCCUCCCAAACACAGCGUCUGCAGCGUGGUGAGAGGAACACACUCGACAAACAGAUCCUAUGGCGCAGCCUGUGCUUACUCCAGCUGCGGGUGCGGGUGUGGGGACAGGGGCACCUGGAUGGACAGAUUGAUGUGGCAUUGCUUGGAAGCAUCCAGGCGAAAGAGGAGGGCUUAGUAGAGGAGAGAAUCCAUUGUUUGUGCGGUCGGCAAGGGACCUUUCUUUUGUGUCUUGUGCUUCGACCUGCCUGGGGUUCCGAAUCCAGGCACUUGGGAGCGGAAGGUCCAUGUCUAAGCAAGCGCACCCGUGGACGGCAGCCUGCCCGCUCUCUUGCUCUGUCUCUUGUCCACCCAGCCAGAAUCAGCCAACCGUCACAUUCACUUCACCGCCACCUUCACUGGGAUCCCCCCACACAGCGGCAGCACACAGGGGAUCCUGUCAGCGGCAGCCGCUCCAGCAUCCCCGUUCGCCGCAGCUGCUCCAGCAUCUCCAGGUCUCUAGCUAACCUGCUUACUCAUCGCUGUCACCCAAAGAACGCUUGUGGUGGUGUUGUUUGUUUUGCAUAUAUAUACAAUCUCCUUAUUUAUUUUCUGUGGGGGGGACAUUUGACAAGGAGCUUGCAUGGAAGCGGAGGCAGCGUCGUGCCCAGGGAAUUGCAUGCAGGGUGCCGACACCCCAGCCUGCCAUCAGUCCCAGCCAGUGAUGAGCUGUAUAUAGCAAGUGUCAUACAAUGGCAGCAGUAUCACAUUCACCCACGAGCGCUGAUCCCAGAGGGCUACCUGAGUGUCUGGAGGGGAGAGGUGGGAGCGUCUUGGCUGAGAGUCAACAACUCUGAUUGCAGAGGUGGCAGAGAGCUGAUCUCCGUUCAGCCAGCCAAGAGGGGAGCCGCUGCAUGAAAUAAAAAAUGUGCAAUACUUAGCUGGAUCCCUGAAAGUGGGCAGCGCCACAAGGGGGCACUGUGAGAACCUGGGCAGCUUCACCCUCCUUUGGCUUUAAGAGCAAAGCAAGUUGGUUAUUGUGGCUUGUAGCCAGGGCAGAACCAGGAGGGGCAUUGUCGGACUGCAACGGUCUCUUGCAUUGUACAGUAUUUAUGGUUGUUUUUUAACUAGUUACCUUUUUGUCCCCAGCACUUAAUUUAUGUACUUAGCUUCCAGAUCCCGAAUCCUGAAUGGGGGUAGGGAGCAAAGAGAAUCAUGGGGGUUUACUCACCUAGCGAGAGAGUAUGAAUCCACUGUCAGCCAGCUUGCACCAAAAAUGUCCCCAAAGGAAAGUGUCCCCCUGGGCUGCCUGUGAGGGUUCAUGUGGCCAAGAUGGGGCCUCAAGGUGAGUAAUGAGGGUUGGGUGCCCAACCGGAGACAUCUUAAGGACCGCUUUUUCAGAGGGCAGCACUGGGAAUUUCAAAAGCACCUGACAUGACAAGAAUUCAUGUGCCGUGGACUCUCAAUGGGGUUUGUGCUGCUAAGUCGCCAGUGUUGCCAGCUCUUACAAAUCUCAUGAUAUUUAGUGCUCAUGUUAAAGCUCCAGCCUCUGGAGUCAUGUUAUUUCAUGAGAAUCUCAGCUUUCAUUUUUUUUUUAAAUUAAAUUUCUAGCCCUCAUGGUUGCAAAGAAAAAGUUGGGAAUCAGGGCCUGAAGUGCACCCCGAAGGCUCAAUAAACAGAAGGCAAAUCAAAAUGAACCCCAGAUGAAGGAUUUUUUAAACACUCUCAUGAUUUUGAACACAGUCUGGGGGUUUUGAACACUCUGGACUGGCGAUACUCCAGAACCCUGGCUCUUUUGAAAAUCUGCUCCUGGCUGCUCACGCUUUCUGAAAACCACCUUUAACGUGUCUCACGUUGGGCUCCGAAAAUGGAGGUGCCCAGAAUCGCUCGUCUCUUUUGAAAAGGUCACCCUGGAUGCCAACUUCUCAAUCUGUGUUUACUUAGGUUGUCAUUCUGUUCUGCGCUAUAUAGCACCUACCGCAUGGGGUCCUGGUCCGUGACUGGGCCCUUCCACAGUACAAAUAAUUAAGAACAACAUUUAGACACCUAAACGUGUGGCCUGAAUGUUUUAUAAGGGGGUGAGCACUUUCAGCCAUGCCCAAGGUUUCCUGAUGAGACGUCUCCCCACGUGUUGGGGGCCUCAUCGCGGUCUGAAAAUCAAGCCACUCUUUUAGGUGCCUAAAUUUGGAUUUAGGCACUUAACUUUAAGCACCUGCUUUUUAAAAAUCUUGGCCUGUCUGCAGACCUCAGUAGGUUUUAAGGCCACCCUGACUGGGUUCUCCCAGUUAUACAGCAGCUCUGGUGCAAUAGCUGAGUGCCCGAACAAUGUGCUUAAAAGCUCCAGGCCACACACCUAGCUAGUGUCAAUGGACGUCGCUCCAUUGCAACCAGCGUGGCUAAGCCUGCUUACCUCAGCUGUAGUUCUAGCCCUGUUGAGGUAUUUGAAAAUACUUUAUUCUAUAGCAUUUGAAAUACUUUAACAAAAAACUUAAACAACAUUUUGUGUCCCCCGUGACCUGAACAAUAUAUACAAGUAUAUUUUAAGUCUUCAUGCAAGAGCCUUCUCCUCUGCAAUUCCUCUGCAAGGGCAGCUUUCUUUCCUCUCUCUGCCUCAUCUGCAUACUUUCUGUUUUCCUGUUUCAUCUAAAAACGUAUCAUUUCUCUGUCCUCCCUUUCCCUCUGCGGCUGAUUAGCUCCAUCAUCAAGUGGUUUGGGAUUUUGCACAGAAGCAUGGUCAAGUUGCUAGGGCACUGGGCUGGUAGUCAGGACACCUGGGUUCCAUCCCCAGCUCUGCUACUGAGUGACUUUGAGCAAGUCACUUGCCUCUCUAUGCUUCUGCUUCCCCUCCCACCCUUUGUCUGUCUUGCGUAUUUAGAUGUGAAGCUCUUUGGGUCAGGGGCCGUUGGUUACUCUGUGUCUGUACAGCACCUAGGACUGGCCUCCGGGGAUGCUGCGUGAGAUUGACUUUCCUUUAAGAGAGGUGGGUUUCCUUGUGGAUGCACAAUGUGUUGCUCAAAGUGGUUUUUCCAAGAGGUUUGUUCACAAAUCGCAGGGUCUUCGCUUGCUGACGUCAGUAACUGCCCCGUCUCCGUUUACCCACGGCACGGGUCAGGAUGGAAUUGGCCCAGUGUGUCUGAGCAAGGUGUGGGUAAGAUACAGCAGCUUCCCCCUGGGGCCAUUCUCUUCCUCAUGGGGUGAUCUCCUAGGCCACAAGCCAACCUACAUCAAAUCCAAUGGAAAGAUUCUAGUCAGCGAUGGUAGGCAGUGCCGCCCCCGGAGAUCAGGUGGCAGGGUCAGCGUGGCUCUUGAUUGACAGCUGUGUGUCUGUAUCUGAAAGGGGUAUAAGGUGCUGAAUUUGAGGGUGGAGGGUUGGUGAGAUGCAGAAUUUCUUGCACAGGUGGGAUAGACAGACAGUUCCUCAGCCUGCAUAAUGGAGAGAUUGUCCUGCACCCUGUCCUUACCUGUCGGAAAAUACCGAUAUGGCACAGCCCUACAUGCAGCUCUCCCAGUUAGCACCAUGUUAGGAGCAGCUAAGCCCUGAGGCCGCAGAGCACUUAGGGACAUGCUGUGGAGUCAGUGAGGCCUAGCCAGAUGCUUACGUGCUUUGCUGAAUCAGUGCCCUAAUCAAUCCAGGACAGGGCAGCCUGCAGCAACACAAGUCCCUCUCUGAGCACUAGCUGCCAUGUGCCAGGCUCGCAUGGAACUAGCCCAGUAUCCUGUGUUCCGACAGUGGCCAAUGCCGGGUGAACAGAACAGGGCAAUUAUUGAGUGAUCCAUCCCUUGGCAUCUACUCCCAGCUUCUGGCAAUCAGAGGCUAGGGACACCCAGAGCAUGGGGUUGUGUCCCUGACCAUCCUGGUUAAUGGCCACUGAUGGACCUAUCCUCCGUGAACUGAUCUAAUUCUUUUUUUAACCCAGUUGUACUUGUGCUCUUCACAACAUCCCUCGGCAAUGAGUUCCACAGGUUGACUGUGCAUUGUGUGAAGAAGUACUGCCUUGUGUUUGUUUAAAACCUGCAGCCUAUUAAUUUCAUUGGGUGACCCCUAUUCUUGUAUUAUGU